AUGCCUAUAAGAAGGCAGCUCUCAACCUAUCCAUGGAGUCCUCACUUCUCACUCACUGAUUAAAACAAAGUCUCUGUCGCAUAAACCACUCGAUUCUCCCUCUUUCAAAACCAAGACCCAAAAAGAAUCGAAUCAGAAGUGGAAUACAGUGAAUUGGAGUUCCCUCCUCCUUUAAACACAGAGCAAAAAAAGAGGAAUUUCAAAGCCAUAGAAAGCGAAAGCUUAUCUAUCUAUUUGUUUAUAUAUAUAUAUAUAUAUAUGCGUGUGUAGUCGAAUCGGAUCAAAAAGCGGUGCUUUCUUGCUACUCUGAGUCCUUGAGAAAUAUAAUAACCAUUUCGAAAAAACAAGCUCUGAAAAUUUCCCUGCUUUUGAGGCCUCUCUCGCCGCCUCUGAGGGUUCAUCACUUACUUUUGUCUGCAGAGAAAUCUGGGUUUGUGUUUAAUCCGCAUUUAAAGUGGGAAAUCUUGUAGCUGUGAUUCAUUCAGAUUUUCUAGUUGAAGAAAUUAAUUCUCUCUCUCUCUCUCUCUCUCUCUCUUUCUAGUUCUGCCAAAUCUGUAAAAUUCCUAUCAGUGCUUUUGCUAUAUCUCAUUCAAUACCCAUCUUGUUUUUGCUUUCUUUGCUUCCAAAAACAAAAUAAAAAGUGAUCUGGGUUACGGAAAGAGACGUCUCAAAGAAAGAUCUGCCAGAAAUUUUAGAGCAAAUCGAAGACAAUGUUGCCUCAGAAGCAAGCAGAGGAAGCCAUAGUCUCCAACCCCAACAACGAGACAGAACAUGAUGGUGCCAAGGAAGAAGACAACAGGCAUGAAGAAGACCAGUCCAUUUUCCGUGUCAAGAACCUCCUCUGGCACGGCGGUUCUGCUUGGGACGCUUGGUUUAGCUGUGCUUCCAAUCAAGUAGCUCAAGUUCUGUUGACAUUGCCCUACUCGUUCUCUCAGCUGGGUAUGCUCUCUGGAAUUCUGUUUCAGGUUUUCUAUGGUCUUGUUGGUAGCUGGACAGCUUACCUCAUCAGUGUUCUGUACAUUGAGUACAGAACUAGAAAGGAGAAAGAAAAUGUUAAUUUCAAGAACCAUGUCAUUCAGUGGUUUGAAGUGCUAGAUGGGUUGUUGGGUCCUUACUGGAAAGCAGUGGGUCUUGCCUUCAACUGUACUUUUCUUUUAUUUGGAUCUGUAAUACAGCUUAUUGCAUGUGCAAGUAACAUAUACUAUAUCAAUGACAAAUUGGACAAGAGGACAUGGACAUACAUAUUUGGAGCUUGCUGUGCAACCACUGUGUUCAUACCAUCUUUCCACAACUACAGGAUUUGGUCUUUUCUAGGCCUUGGCAUGACCACAUACACUGCUUGGUACAUGACCAUUGCAGCUCUUGUUCAUGGCCAGAAGGAUGGUGCGACGCACUCGGCUCCGACAAAGCUGGUACUGUAUUUCACCGGAGCCACUAAUAUACUAUACACCUUCGGUGGACAUGCUGUCACAGUAGAAAUUAUGCAUGCAAUGUGGAAGCCCCAAAAAUUCAAGUAUAUAUACUUGAUCGCCACACUAUACGUUUUCACACUAACACUACCGUCUGCUUCGGCCGUCUAUUGGGCAUUCGGCGACGAACUUUUGAACCACUCCAAUGCCUUCUCCCUCCUCCCUAAGACUCGAUGGCGUGAUGGUGCCGUUAUACUAAUGCUCAUUCACCAGUUUAUAACAUUUGGGUUUGCUUGUACACCAUUAUACUUUGUUUGGGAGAAGGUGAUUGGAAUGCAUGACACAAAAAGCAUAUGCAUGAGGGCACUAGCAAGGUUGCCAGUGGUGAUACCAAUAUGGUUCUUGGCCAUUAUCUUCCCAUUCUUCGGGCCUAUUAACUCCGCUGUUGGGGCUCUCUUGGUUAGCUUCACCGUCUACAUCAUCCCUUCUCUUGCUCAUAUGCUCACUUACAGAAAGGCCUCCGCCCGCCAGAAUGCGGCAGAGAAGCCUCCUCCGUUCUUGCCAAGCUGGACCGCCAUGUAUGUGGUGAACAUCUUUGUGGUUGUCUGGGUCUUGGUGGUGGGUUUCGGGUUUGGUGGAUGGGCUAGCAUGACCAACUUUGUUAGACAAGUUGACACAUUUGGGCUCUUUGCCAAGUGCUACCAAUGCAAGCCUCCCGCACCCACACUCACACCCACACCCCCAAAACACUGAAUCAACUCGCCUCCGCUCCAUCGAGUUCAACUACCAAACUUUUCUCACCAUAUUUUUGUAUCAUACAUGGGGAGGUAGCAAUACUUCCGCUACAUGUGAUGUGUGUUGGAUUUCUUUUUUUUUUUUUUUUACUUCCAUUUUUUUCUGUUAAAUUACUAGAUAAAAUAGUGUGUUGAAUUGUGAUGAUUCCUUUGCUAUCGAAGCAUAGGCUAAUUAAAUCUAUAUAUGUUUUAGCUAUAUAUAAAAAUAUUUUUCUCUUUCUCCUUUA